AUGUAUGAAUUGGAAGCAGCAUUAUCGAAGACCCACGAUACCAGCCCCGGGCCAGAUGGAAUUACUCAAGUUUUGUCUGUUCUACCUUCAUCUGUUCAUGGAACUCUUUACGUUGAUGAUCUGCAGAUCUCUUGCCAAGGCUGCAGUAUAAAUCUCAUUGAGCGUCAAUUACAGAAUGCAGUUAAUAAAGUGGUAACUUGGUGCAACAACAAUGGGCACGCGAUCUCUCCCGAGAAGAGUAGGUGUAUUCACUUCUGCCGAAAGCGAACCAUUCAUUCAGAUCCAAAUAUUUAUAUUCAAAAUGUACUCAUUCCUGUGGUGAGUGAAGUGCGGUUUUUGGGAGUGAUAUUCGAUAGAAAGCUUACAUUUCUUCCGCAUAUUUUGAACCUGCGGAAGAGAUGCGAGAAAACGUUAAAUAUAUUGAAGGUGCUCUCCAGAACAUCAUGGGGAGCUGAUCGAACCUCCCUACUCCGUAUUUAUCAAGCGAUUAUCCUCUCCCGCAUUGACUACGGCUGCAUGGUGUAUGGUUCUGCACGCCCUACAGUUUUGCGGCGACUGGACACCAUCCACGACACUGCUCUAAGGAUCUGCUCCGGAGCAUUUCGUACUUCUCCAGUUGAGAGUUUGUAUGUCAUUUGUCACCAGUUACCUCUAAAUUUGAGGCGUAAAAAGAUAUCAGUUUCAUUCUAUUUCCGCACACAGUCCGUGCCUCAUCAUCCCAUUUGUUGCAACAGGUUUCCAGUUGCUCUCCGUAGACAUUAUGGUGCCCGUCCUGCUUGCAUUCUGCCAUUCUGUGAGAGAAUAAAACCCAUACUACAUGACUCGGACCUCAACGAUGUAAGAAUUAAAGUUAACGACCCAUUUAUGUUUCCACCUUGGGAUAUCCCUCAAUUUUCUUUUUUGAAUCCCUUCACUGGUUUCGACAAAUCGUCAACGGCUCCUGUGGUUUUCCAACAGCUCUUUUUGCUUCAUCGCUAUCGGUAUUCUUCGUUUGUUCCAAUUUUCACGGACGGCUCAAAAUCAGCUGGACAUAAAAUUUCUCCUUCUCUACAGCGUAAUUUCAUCAUUUACUCCGAUAGCAUGAGUGCUUUAGAAAUGUUGUCUAACUAUAGUAAUUGUAUGCACCCAAUUGCUAACCGCAUUUUACUCAUUUUGCGCUCUUUGAAAAAUGAUGGUUUUAAUAUUAUAUUUUGUUGGGUUUCGAGCCAUGUUGACAUUCCAGGAAAUGAAAAAGCAGAUUCGGUUGCAAAAUCUGUGACAGCCUUUAUGAGGACUGGACUUCCAUUUUGUGACGUUAAGGUGGCAUUCUCCCGUCAUAUAAAUUCCUCUUGGCAGGAGGCAUGGGGUCUGCAGAUCCAUAAUAAGUUACACUCCGUGAAACCUAUCAUUGGUUCUUGGCCUGUUCUUCCAAUACGCGAGAUCGAUGUUAAAUUGACUCGUCUCCGUAUAGGACACACUAGAUACACUCACAGGCAUCUCAUUUUUGGUGACAGGAAGCCAGUGUGCCCUACAUGCCAUGUUGAUUUUAGUACAAAACACAUUUUGAUUGAAUGCCCUAUUUUAACUGAGAAACAAACCCCUGUAAAAUCCUCCGAUUCGGAUACUGAACAAUCUACAAACAGUGCUCCAGAAACUCAUGAAACCAGAAAACGGAAACCAAAACCCCAACGUUCUCUAAAGCUUAAACUUUCCAAACGCGGUCUUUUGCAAGAAAUGAUAUCAGAGAAACUGAAAUCAAAAUCAAAAUCUAAAACCCAGAAUUCUGUAGCUCUAGAACUUGCAAAGCUGGGCAUAGCCCACAAAGAUUUAAUAUCUGUUUUCGGUAACCCGCCCCAAACUACAGAUCUCAUCACCCUCCAUCCAUCUGAAGGGGAUGAGGAUUGUGAAAUGAGUUGA